AUGGAGGCCACUGUUAAUUACCCAAAGAUUCACGUCCGACAGACGCCAUCGACCACUGUCGACAGCUUCGUCAUGUUUGAGCAGAUCGUGGCCGGCACCGGGCACCCCAAGAAAGAGCAGCAGAAAUGGUUCGGCACAGAGUCCAGCAGCUGGUACAAGCGCAUUCAGACCCAGCUAUUCUCUGAGUUAUACGGGGAGAGCUCAUUCCUGCAAGAGUAUAUGAGAAGCGAAGCCUCAUCUGAGAACUAUCACGUCGCCAUCACCAACUGGGAGCUCGAGGCCAAGAUACUUCGACUUGCUCGAGCCUUUCCCUCCGCGCUGUAG